GGCGCGCUGUAUCGCCGUCGUCGCGGUAAAUUCUUCCUCCGGAAGCGAAAGUUCGAGAGGGAAUUUUUGCCGCGUGUCCGCGCGACUAUUAAAGCAUCGCUGCGGGAUGCUCAAUGCUCCGUUCGAAAUUCGCGAGAAACGAUAAGGAGAGAUCGAUUUUAUUCUUGACGAUACAUAUCCAGCUGUUGGAUACAAUUCUUAAAAUAUAAUUCUUGUAAUAUAAUUUUUUAAAGAAUAUGUUGACAUAAAAUUACUUCAAGAUAAAAAUCUUAAAAUAUUCAGUAUCGUGUACGAAAAACGGUCUUUAAAUGUCAUUAUGGAUCGUCAAGGGUGAAGCUAACGCGGACGACCGUGUCACGCGUGUAUAAAUUGACAAAUUACAUGCGUCGAUUGCGAUAUUGAUCGGUAACCUUCCUCCACGCGGGAAAUAUUUUGUGCUUCGUUGGGCAACAGGCGGUAGAGGCUGUGUCUCGACUAUUCCAGAAUUUCCAGAAUCGAUCAUCGUAAUCAGGACCAUCGCCUGAACCGGGUACCACAUCACAGGGAUGCUCGCGGCGACCAUAAUCGCUUUUCGGUAAUGUCGCUUUGUCCGUCGUCGUCUCAUCAGCUUGUCGCAGCAGCGAUCGCUUUUCGACGUGCCCGCCGCAAAUUUCCGAAGGACUUCGGCCUGAAAAGCGCCGUGGAACGUACAUCCGGAAGUACAAAGACGCAGAAAACCGCGACGAGCCGCGAGGGGCCCAUCAAUCAGGCGAGAUCGAGCUCCACGCUGGUGAGACGCGCGUACAACUCGAGGUCCGAUCACGUAUGUCCGACGAGCGUGCGGAAUCGCGACUACGACCGUUCCUGCAGCAAGGAGAACUCGAUCAGCUGCAGUUGCUGCCAGGCAAGAGACGUCGGCGAGAACAUUUCGGGGCUGCGGGACGAGUGCAGUAGCGGCGGAGAUGCGGUCGAUACCGUGCCGAGCAGAGAGUGCGGGGAGUUCGCGCCGUUGGACGCCGAUCGUAAAAAUGUAUUUGCGAAAUCGGUCGACCGGGACAGAUGCGAGACGCGCGGGAGCGGCAUCUCCGGCGAGAGAGCUCAGCACAAAAGCUGGCGCGAUCAGAUGCGAGGUGAGAAUGGUCGAUUGUACGCGCGGCAGUGUUACUCGAAGGAGUAUUCUGGAAUAAUACCCGUCUCUCGUGAGCGGAACGACGAGGAGCGCAGGGAAAAGAACGCCGCCGCCGCCGCUGCCGACGACGACGACGACGACGAGGAGGACGAGGACGGUGUGGCUGUUAUCAAUCACAAGGACUCCAUGUGCAUCCUCGCUGAAAAAUAUAAAGCCGGCAGGAAGUGGCGCGGCAGACGGUGCGGGGACGGGGCGCGAUCGGACGACAGGACGGGGGACAAGGACGAGUGUAACAAAUCGUUGACUUCGGAAAUCAUCGAUCAGCAUCAGGGAUCGUCGCUUGAGAUCGCGAACGCGGUUCCGCAUGAGGGGCCGAGCGUGAAACACGUUUGCCGUGCUGCGCACUGCGAGAGCUGCGGAACCGCCGCCGCGAGAACGUGUGGUCGUGGAUGUGGCCGACACGGGCCGCCAGAGGGUGAAUUCGACCGAUUGAAGUCCCCUUUGAACGAGACGGCCGCCACCCGCUGUUGCUCAAGUCGACCGUCUUGUAGACGUGUCUUCUAAUUCAAUUUCGUUCCGUAAACACGUUCGCGGACUUUUUACGUCAAUUUUGCCAUUUUCUAGUUAUUUUCAACGUCCAACAAUAUCUAUCGCGUGCACACGUGCGCGCGAGCCAUUGGAAUAAAAAAAUGAUUUAAAAUUUAUUUAAAAUUGUGUUUCUCUAUCUACUUACAUUUUGAUCGUGACGGUAGAUAUCGCGUAUAACGACGUGCAAAAAAUUGAGCGAAAUCCUCACGCGCUUUUGCACCUUCCCCCGUUCCAAUUGCAUUGACUUUUUUUCCCGCGAGAACUUACUUGCCCGCCGUAUUAACGAAACGAAAUAAUGUAGUGGAGUAUUACAACGCUAAACGUUGAGAAUAAA